AUGGCGACCACGGACACCGGCCAAACUGGACGAUUGCGAACCGACCUCGGAUUAGCUAAAUCCAGACUUUCCAAGGCCAUCUCCGAACUGGAAAACUUCAUUAGAACAGUCCCUCCAGUGUUGGACGAUAUCUCAGUGGAAGACCUUGCAAACCAUCGACACCAACUCUCCACUCUUGAUGACAACCUUUUGUCCCCUUACAACGCGAUCACGGAGCUCGAUCGACAAUGGAAAUUGGUGAUGAAAUCCUCAAAGGGUGAGAAAACUGUAUACAACGACUAUAUUCGGAAAUAUGGCUCUCACUUGGAUUCUCUCAAAAAAGCUGCCAAUGUGCAUAAGGAAGCCAAAGCGCUGGUAGCCAAAAUUGAUCAAGUAAUGGAUUCAAAGAUAAUGGAAGCUCCAAUUGUCGAAGAACCCAUCGAAGUCCUGACGCCCAUCGAACCGGGAAGCAGAUCAAUUACGGAUCGUACACAAUCCCUCAGCAUUCGAGACGUUUUUCAUGGUCCAACGCCAACCCCUCGUAAGAUGCCCCAGGCAAACACUGCUGGACAAGUACCCGAAUUCCCCAAUGAAAUUGUACAACCCAGCUCUGAAAUGGUAAAGAGCUCGACAACGACUUCUCAAAUGGAUCCGGUUGGUUUGAACACACAAAUUACACACGCUUAUACACCUCUUCCAUUUAUUCCUUCUCAUUCUCCCAUACCACCUCCCACAGCACACCCAAAUUCAGCUUUGCCCGCAUUUUUUCCGCAAAUAUCUCUCCCUACAUUUGACGGCCAUAGUAAUUUCGAAGCUUUCCAACAACAAUUUAUGGAGUUAGUAGAUAGUCAGACAUCGCACGAGGCCGUGAAACUCAGUAUACUUCUUAAUCAGCUCAAAGGCAGCGCUCGACAUGCAGUAGAAGGUCUUCCAAUUGUUUCGGCAAAUUACAAAAUAGCGUGGGGCUUACUUGUGAAUAGGUUUGGGAACUCGGAACUUAUCCAACAACAGUUAAUAUCAACCCUUCUUGCCAUACCCGCAGUCUCUAGCAAAUCUGUAGUAGAAUUUCGAACUGUAUACGACAAAAUUGAGAUAAUACUUCGUCAACUUGACGCUAUUCCAAAUGCCAUUUCGAAUGACUUAGUUAUCGAACAUAUUAUCUUACAAAAGAUGCCCCAUAGUGUUGUUGAUUCCGUCAUGACUGCGAAAGAAUCAUCCAAAUCGUGGAAUCUGAGAUUACUUCGGGCAAAGAUAUCCGAGAUUUUGAGGCACAAAGAGACGGUCAAGGAGAUCAUUCAUCCAAAGGACAAGAACAACAGCUACCGUAAUCCAAACGAGACGUCGGGCGCCAGGCGCCAGCACCCCGCUUUCGACGUGAGUCAACCUCCGAUCGGGAAGGAAUAUGCAAAUCAGUCCGAAAAAACAAAAAGGUCAUGCCGUCUGUGUCAGGAACUCCAUUUUGAAUCCAAUUGCUCAAGAUAUCGUAGUCCCGACGAACGCCGUAAACGCUUGACUCAGUUACGCCUCUGUCAUUCAUGUCUGGGAAAAGAUCACAUUGCGUCUCAGUGUACCACAAAACCAAGGUGUUAUUAUUGUUCGGGAGGUCAUCACAGCUGUCUGUGCUUCUCAAGGUCGAAGAAUUCGCCCCCGGCUAGCGGCGCAAACAGAGUCCCAAUCCAGAAACCUCCGGACCCAGAAACCCCGCAUCCGUCCACAUUCAUUGCUCCAAAACCCGUGGUCAAUUUAAUGACGGUGACAAAAGAGGUCAGCCCCGAAAGCACUCUUCUGAUCGCGCCGAUUAGUAUGCAAGGGAAAGAGGUGGAGGUAAAAACGCACGCAGUCCUUGAUUCAGGUAGUACUAGCAAUUUUAUUUCAAAGAAAUUGGCGCGAACAUUAGGUUUACAAUCGAUCUCCAAAUCUACAGUAACCAGCAUCGGAUUUAAUCAAGCGAAGCCGCAGACAGAAGCUCGAGAAGUAUUCAAUGUCUCAAUUACUCUUCCCACAGGGGAUAUUUACUCUUUUGAAGCGUUUGCGAUAGAAGAAAUUUGUAGUCCAAUCUCCGAAAAAAGUGUCCAUCCUUUCAAUCGAGCUUUCGAAUCAAAAUCCAAUGAGUUUGAGAUUCAUUUGCUAAUUUCGAACAGAGUGUUUUGGGAAGUAGUGCAAUCCGGUCCUCAGGUCUCCGAUUCCGGUCAUCGUUUCAUCAGAACAAUUUUUGGCGAUAUUUUUCUGCCAUUUGGUUCCGCAACUGCAAACAGCUCCUCCAAAGCUACUUGUCUCACCCUUUCCUCUAAUGAGAGGGAAAAAACUCCGCGCCCGAUCACAUUACAAAAGAUUGCGCAGUUCACACCGGACCCCCAACUUAACAUUAAGCAUGAAAAUGAUUCAUACACGGUGCAGCUCCCUUGGAAAGAAUCAGUAAAUUUGAAUAUUGGAGAUAUGUAUUUUUUAUGUCGUUCUCGAUUGGCUAGUAACUUCAACCUGCUAAAACGUCAUGGAGAUCUCCAAGAAUAUCAUGAAAAGAUCGAGGAAAUGGAAAGGUUAGGAAUAAUCCGAACCCGUCCUACCGGUAAUCCCAUUGCUGAAGGAAGGUUUCGAUAUCUGCCACACCACUUCGUGACGCAUCCCCAAAAGGGAAAAAAGAGGAUUGUUUUCGACGGAAGUGCACAUACAAAAGAAUUUAAAUCUUUAAAUUCUUUACUCCAUAAAGGGGACUAUGAAGUGCCAUUGAUCUCCACUAUCAUCCAGAGAUUUCGAACCUUAUCAACAUAUUUGGUAUGCGACAUCUCUCGGGCCUUUAACAAUAUUCGUAUCUCCGAGAGAGACCAAUCGGCAAUGCAAUUUUUAUGGGUGCAAAACCCCGAACUCCCGCCAACUCGGAAAAACACGAUCGCAUAUCAGUUUUGCACUCUUCCCUUCGGUCUCACUUGUAGCCCUUACAUUCUCCAUCAAGUCCUCUCAACCCACUUGCAAAAAUACGGGGAUUUUGGCGAAGCCAUCAUAAACUGUUUAUAUGUUGACAACUUCGCAGUUGGCCUGCCCAAGGAUCCAAAAGACUUCGAAGAUUUUUUCAACAAGCUCCUCAAUUGCUUUCGAUCAGCGGAUAUGAAACUUCACGAAUUCAACACUAACUCAUCCGAAAUGCGGCAAAUAUUGGUAGAUAAAGGGAUUCAAGUUCCAAGGGUUAUGAAUUUUCUCGGGGUCAGCGUCGAUUUCGAACUCGAUGAAUUCAUUUUCAAAUUUCAAGAAACGAGCCCUGACGAAAAACUUUCCAAGCGCGUAAUCGCACACAAAGUUAAUUCCUUUUUUCAACCCAUCGGCGUAGCGGAGCCAACCUUGCUCAAAGCUAGGCAAAUGAUCCAAAGGCUGUGGAAAGAGAACCUUCCGUGGGACAGCGAGCUUCCUCGUCCCCUUCGUGAUGAAUGGAUGGCAUUUCUUGCCGACUGGGCAUCGGUUGAGUUCCGACUCAAUCGGCGUAUCGAGACAAAGGAAAGGGACACAGUGACACUCCAUUGUUUUGGCGAUGCAAGUGCAGUAGGCCGAGGCUUGGUUUUGUAUUUAGCAGUCAAACGCGAAGAUCACGUAACCCAAAUAUAUUUCCUCACAUCCAAAUCCAGGCUGAACCCUUCAAAAACAAAUACAACAAUACCGAAGUUAGAAUUCAGUAUUCUAGAAUUUGGUUCCAAAGUCAUCUGCGCUUUAAGAGAAUUACUUAAUUUCUCUGUUUCGAGAUGCAUCCUUUGGUCUGACAGUAAGGUGGCUAUCAGCUGGGCAGCUAGAGAUUCAACGAAGAAUCUUCCCCCAUACGUUGCCAGACGAUUGCUUUUGCUAAAAUCUAGGCCGAACAUUGAAGUUAAAUUUACCCCAGGAUCAGAAAACCCGGCUGAUUGCGUGUCGCGUGGGCUAUUGGCUUCAGAAUUGAACUGCCAUCCUUUGUUUUGGACAGGCCCUUCUUGGCUCCCCCAUGAAGAAUUAUGGCCCGCGCAACCUGUCGAAAUAGUUCCAACAGAAAAUCCAUCCGCUGAAGAGCCUUGCCUCCUUUCCGCUACAACAGAAUAUUUUGAUUUCUUGCAUUUAAGACACUUUUCGUCAUGGCAAAAAACGAUGGGAAUGCUGACAUUUGUCAUUUGUUUCCUCAUCGCAAGAAUUCCUUCGUUUCGUCAACGGUUUCACAUGACCAGUUUCGACAUCAAAUUCCCUUUCUCUCAUCAAUCGCAAUCCGCGAUAUUUCUCGCCCUACUUCGGCACUUACAAAACCAUUUCCCUCCAACACACGCUCAGAUCAGAGACUACGGACUUUUUUUCCGAUGA